CCAGUCUUUCUUAACGAAUUGCACUGCUGCACUUUUAUUCCUGCCCUUCUUGUUCUGGAGGGAGAGCAGCUCGUUACCUAAAAGCAGAGAGACACAAAGAGAUAAAACGUUAGAUAAAGUUGGACGACUGGUUGACAUUCAGACUGAAAGCUGUUAAUGUAGCCGUCGUCUCCGCAGCGGGAGUCCAAGGGACAGCGGACACCUCAGCGGGACGAGGCGGCACGUCAAUGUAGCAAAGCUCAAAUUGAGGCAGAUAAUUGUCUGAAUAGACUUCUGCCACAGAGUGUAGCCUGCAGGGGUUUUAUUAUAUUAAACAUUGAGACCAAACAACUUUAACAGGAGGAGGUUAAAGUAUAUUUUUCUUUUUGUAAACAAAUUCCAUUAAAACGACAAAACCAACAAUAACCGGAAACCUUUUCCAGUGUGAGGGUCGCUUGUCUGCAGCAGGUGCGGCCCGUUAUCAACGACAAUAACAACCGCACCGGUUAACGGGACUCCGGUAUAUCCAGACGUCAUGCACCGGUUCUUCCUCAUGCUCCUGGCCGUGGCCGGGGCUUCUGCUCUCGGCCUCCACAGGCUGGAUGUCUCCCUCCCGGCCGCCGGGCCCUGCCUGGCCCCGCUGCAGUGGGAGGGCAGGUGGGUGCUAUACGACCACAGCACCGGGAGGAACAACCGAGCCGCCGUCUCCUAUGACAGCCAGAACCAGAGGAUCCGAGUCCUGCAGCAGAACAAGAAACAUACGCCGUGUCAGAGGUUCUUUGAAUACAUCUACUUGUACCAGAGUAUGGUGAUGUUCCAGAUUAACCAGAAGACCAAGGAGUGCGCAAAGAUCGCACUGAUGGAUGCCUGGGAUCCCUUCGACAUUCCAAACAACUCCACCUUUGAGGACCAGUACAUCAUCGGAGGCCCCGGAGACAAUGUGGAGGUUCAGGAGUGGUCAGACAGGAAGCCGGCACGCCAGCAUGAGACCUGGGUUGGUAUUUACACACUGAAGGACUGCUACCCAGUGCAGGAGACCUACACCAGGAACAGCAGCGUCACCACCUCAACCCGCUUCUUCAACCUUCAACUCGGCAUCAGCGACCCCAACGUCUUCACCCCACCCAGCACCUGUCAAUCAGCCCGGCCCGAGAGAAUGGCCGAGUCCGACUGCUGAAGCCUCAGCAACCCCUAACCUUUGACCUUAGAUACGCAACAGGAGUCUACUGAUUAUCUUUUGUACAGCUGUUUUUGUUAAUUUUCUGCUAAUUUGCUAAAACUGGUAGUCAUCAGGACCAAUAAAUCCUGCUAACUGCAAAUUAACAAGAUUACAGCUAAUGGUACCAACUGGUUGUAUGGGGUUUACUAAAUGACUCUCUAGAUGUUAAAAAGUGUUGUUGGGGCUGGGGUUUUUUUGCAACCAUUUGAUAAUCUUAAUCUCCAAGCUGCCAACCCAACUAGGUUACGAUAAUUUGAGUUUUAGGUUAUUUUAGACCCAGUCAGAUUUUUCUCAGACAUGCAGGGAUUUCUUUUAGUUAAUUGUUGUGGUUGUUUAGAAAAAAAUCAAGAAUGUCCACAUAACAGCUGGAAUAAAUGUGUUGCUACAGUGUCAGGAUAGCUUAUAUUUAAACAUUUUUCAUUAUUUAGCAAUUAAGCAACUUCCAGAAAAUCCAGAAAAUGACUGUAAUCACAUUGGCUCUGGUGUCUUGUAGCAGUGAUACAUCUAACAGACUGCACAAAAGUAGCCCUGCAGGCAGUGAGAAAUCACCUGUGUGUGUUCAAAACCAUCAUCUGGUAACGGGUUGAAAAAUGACUGAAGCUCUCCUCACAUGAUUGAAAAAGUUAUAUAAGCCUAUAUUUAAUUCCUGCCUUUUGUCUGCAGCACAAGUUAAGAGCACAGAACUUCCAUUCAAUCAUUCUGCAUACUAUAUUUGUAAGAAUGCCGUCCAGUUUACCGUCAAAAUAUACAGAACACUGUGCAUGCAGACAAUCAAAGCUUCAUUCAUAGAUUCAUAGAUCUUGAAAUAUACUCUGAACGCCAUUUCCACCUUUAUCAGCUGUCACCAGAUCACAAACUAUUGAUCAUACAGCCUGAUAAGCUCUCGGACAAUCCAUUAAGUACAUAGUUAAACAGAAUGAGUCGUCUCACAUGUUUCUGGGCAAAACUACAUAAUACCAACCAUCCAAACCAACCAAAUCAAGAAGCUCUGACAAGAUCACUACAUGCUAACAGCUAAUUCUACACUCUGAACUGAGACGUUUCUUUCUUAAGAUAUUGAACAUUCGCCACCCAUUAGCGAAGUGAUUUUGACAUAAUUUCGUCCUCAUGUGCAUCACCCAAUAAGCUUUUUAAAAUGUGUUUUAUUUUAUUGAUCGAUAAAUAUGGACCAAGGCCUGUAUUUUUCAAUCACUUCAUAGACGUAAAUUUGUUCUCAUCGGUCCAAAAUUCACAUAUUUAGUCUGAGAGUAAACUAGUGAAGGUGUUUUAUGGUCACCUUCACUGAACCAAGAAUGUUCAUCGAAGAUUUAGGUGAGUUUCAGAUCUGUCUAAAACGCCCUGAAAAAGCAACAAGAUGUUCAGACUACUUUGAUGUAAACACACCAUAAUAAUAA